GCAGUGUGUCUCAUCAUUAGAAAGUUGACACGACAGUAAAAGUCAAUUGUAAAAUUAAUCAGACUCGGAGCUACUAUUGUUGCUUAUCUUCCCUGAGGAUUAGUGUGUAUAUUUACCUAAAAUUAUUUGUGCUGCAGUGAAAAAUAUUGGAAAUAUAUCGUUUUUUAUUCUGGAUUUCAUUCUUGUUUGUCUAUACAACCAAAUUUAGGAAUCAAUACCUUACUUACAGUACAUUUAACAAAACCCUAUCGAACUUGGCGAAAAAUGGAUACAUUUUUGUGGAAGAUAUGUCUUGUAUUGGCUGUGUGUUCAUUGACAGCAAGUGGAUGCAAUCCUUCGCAGAAAAUUCAGAUACAUCCCCAGUCACAGUAUUGCGACAGUCAGUUCGUAAUACGAGCAAAAAUACUGAAAACUACAGCGCUGUAUGACUACAUCCUUAGGCACUGCAUUGAAAUGGACACGCCCACUACAGCAGACGACAUGUGGUCAAAAUUAGAUGAAUCUGGAAACUCCUUUUUAGAUUCUCGAGCAAAAUCAUGUCCGUUAAGCAAAAAAUAUAUCCGAAAGUUCCUUGAUAAUCUACAAGAACUUGGUAUUAACAUAGAGGAAACAAUUGAUGAGCAGGAAACGAUUGAAGAAGAUCCCUUACUGAGCUCCAUAGUGACCACGGAGGAAGAAGAUGAGGAUGGAAACGUAAGAAAAGAGAGUGGGGCUAAACUGCUAGAUCGUAUUUUUUCUAAAUUUGACAAAUAUGGCAAAAGUGGUCCCUCGGUUCACUUGGCACGCAUCAUAUAUAUCUACAAAGGAAAUGACUUGCUCUCGACUUCCAAACUUGUUGAAAUAUUCUCUACUGACUAUGUUUUCGACGAAAAUAGUAUCUACGUCUUAUCGGGUCACAUCGACAGCGAUAGCGUUCCAGAUUCCAAGUAUGGCAACCUAAUUCGAUCUAAGAUGUUUGAAGGUCGCCUCAACGUUCUUAAUGAACAUUGGGUGGUAAAAUAUCCAGAGAUGACCCGGCAACAAUUCAGAGGAUUAAAAGGAAUUUACGAAAGUAAUUGUAAUUGUAAGGUUUACGAAUGUGAAAGCAGCAAAGAAUGCAACCACCGAAAAAACAAGAAGAAAAAGAACAAGAAAAAUAAAAAGAACAAGAACAAGAAGUCAAUUGAAUCUGCUACAAACGCAACUCAAACAGAUCAUAAUAUAACCACGCAGUGCCAAUGGGUACCAUCGCUCAACACAUGUGCGUAUUAUUUCGGAUCAUGCGUUUAUACCGAAGGAGAAGGAUGCGCAUGGAAAAGGGCACGCGCAUACAAGCAGUGUGAACGAAUGUUUGAGGGAGUAGAGCCAAUGGGAUUGGCGUAUUAUGAUCAAGGGCAGUAAGGGACCUACCUCGUCAAU